AUGUCCCAUUCCAGACCCAUUCCUCAACAACAACAACAACAUUAUCACCAACAGCAACAAUAUGUACAACACGCAAAUCAUCAUCCUUCCCUUUCUACCUCUCCAAUCAAUAGUAGUAACAUGAUGAUGAGCAGAGCUAGAUCAUCCCAGUCCCCCACUGGUUCUUCUUCCGUCCUUCUUGCUUCAUCUCCAACACAACAAAAUUUCAUCAAGAUGAAGGCAGCAUCUUCCUCAACCACCUCAUCGGCCGAAGGACUCACUGCAGAAGAAUAUGAAUUGCUGAAUCAAAAGAAGGAACGUUUUCAAACAUGUAAAGAAGUGUUAGAUCGAUUGCAUUGGGACGAUCAAUUAUCGGAUGUCCUCUCGAAUCUGAGCAUGAUUUAUAAGGAUCGAUUUGAAGGAGAUGUACUGAUUGCAUACAGUGAAUAUGAAAAUUCUGAAUUGAAAGAAGAUUUACCAGAGCAUCGUAUUCAAACAUUGAUUUAUCGAGAUCAACAUGUCUUUUGGGAUAAGAACAAACGAAUUGACCUCAUUUCCAACAAGGAAAUAUUUGCAUUGAUCGAUUCAUAUUUGAAUCCACAAGACACACAAACUCAACAGGCAAACACUGCUGAAACAAAGAAGAAGAAGAAGAAGAAAUCCAAGUUGCCUUCUGUCCGUUUGGACAAAUCUGCAGCAAGCACGUUGGUCAAGCAUCAUAAUUAUGCCAGUGGAGAUAAUCUAUUGGUCGGUGAAGAUGGAGAAGAAUACGAAGAAGAGGAAGAUGAAAUUGAAGAAUACAUGGCAGAAUAUGACGAGAUGUAUGGUCAAUAUCUCAAUAGAUAG